AUGUCGGCGACCACUUCUGCUGCUGCCGUCGCGGCACCACCACCCCACAUCAAACCCACAAAGAUCUUGGCCUGUGUUCACUGUCAGUAUCGCAAGAUCAAAUGCGAUCGCCAACAGCCAUGCUCCAACUGCAUCAAGGCAAAAAUUGCUUGUAAACCAAGCACUCCAGCCCCGCCACAUAAGCGGCGUCGGCCAAACCAGGAUCUCCUCGAACGGCUAGCACGCUGUGAGCAGCUUCUUAAGCAGUACGCCGACGGCAAUGUCCCGCCCCAGGUUGAACCAUCCAUUGCGACUGCUGCUGUAGUCAGUGGUAAUAAUAGCAUCGCUAGCAGCCAGCAAGUCUCGCCCGUCGCGGUGAAAGCAGAAAAUGAUCUCGCUCCCAAAGCCAUACCAAAAGGCAAAGUCGUUAAGGAGGAUGGCAACGAUCGUUUUAUGGACAAUUAUAUCCGAAUCAGCUUCCACGAUGAGCUUGCGGCGAUGAGAAAUAUUAUCGACGACGGAGAUGACGAAUCCGAGUCGAGCACAGCUGGCCUCUCGCCCGAUAACGAUGCCGAUCUUUUUCUAGGUAUUGACGAUACGACGAUUGACUUGCAAGAACUUCAACCAGAUCUUGUCAAUGUCUUCAGGUUAUGGCAAAUUUUUCUUGACCGGGUCAAUCCCCUAACCAAAAUCAUUCAUGUUCCUACUAUGCAAUCCAUCGUGAUGAACGCCGCCAACGACAUCAAACAAGUUCCAUUGUCCCAGCAAGCUCUCCUCUUUUCUAUUUACACCAUGGCCAUCGUCGCCCUCAACUCGCAAGAAGUGAUUCAAAUUCUUGGCAUGACUCGCGAGGAGGCUUUAACUCGGUUCACGCGUGGCACGAAACUCGCCUUAACUCGGGCAAACUUUAUGAAAAACUACAAUAUGGCGAUACUGCAAGCCCUUGCACUUUAUAUGCUCUCGUUAAACAGUCGUAGUAACGAAAAUCCCUCCAAUUGGAUUAUGGGCGGCACGGUCAUGCGCAUCGCUCAGAAGAUGGGCUAUCAUCGUGAUGGUGAACAAUUCAAUCUCUCCCCUUUCGAGACGGAAAUGCGGCGGAGGAUCUGGUGGCAUAUUCAUGUGCAAGAUAUUAGGAACGCCAUGUUAUCUGGUUUGAGCCACUCGUGGGUUACGACAAACUGGGAUACCAAGAUGCCACUAAACAUUAACGACUCAGAUCUGAUCCCGAACUCAAUGGAGCCUCUUGUCGCCCGGGAUGGCCCCACGGACAUGGCAUUUGUCCUCAUCAUAUAUCAUUAUCAGAAAUUCAACAGCAGGACACACGCCGCCUUUGAAGCUGCAUUCUUAUCAUUCCGUGCCGGGGUCGGAAGCAAUCAUCAACCAGGUGCCCGCGGCCCGAUUGAGGCGUACCGCGCCCUGAUAGACGAAAUCGACGCCGAGUUAGCCGAAUUCGAGCGAAAAUAUGUCGAUCCGAAAUUAGGCGGCGCGCAAGAAGCUGCGUCGAUAAUACGCCCGAUGUUCAUCGAUAAAAUGAAGGACAUCAUGACACCAAUGCACGACCAGCCGGAAUGGGGAUUAGAAAUCUUCGAUCAGAUCGACAGUCUGUUCAAAGCCUUUGUCCAAACACACCAGAGAAACGUCCUUAUCUACAAACGCAUGGCCAACUCAGGGUUCCUGUGGUUUAUCCGCGGCGGAUUCCAACUCGACGCCCUCCUCCUCUUCACCAUCAAGCUCUACAAGCGACCGACGGGCAAGCUCACAGACGAUGCCUGGACAUGUCUAGAGUCUCUCCACGAGAUUCACCCGGACCUAUUCGACCUCUCGCAGAAGAAAAUAGACCGUCAAGCCCAGCUCACCCUCAAAGCAUGGGCCAUCCGCGAGCGCGCUCUCGCCCAACACGGCCAAACUGUUGAAACCCCCGGCUUCAUCCAGCGUCUCCGGCAACUCGUAUCUCUUUCCCGCGCGCCAUCGACAGCAUCGACGUCAUCCGAAUCGCCCGCGUCCAUGACGCAGCAAUUCCUGCUCCAACAAGCCACACCGUUCCCGCAAAUGCCACUCGACCUGGGCGACGUGAACCAAUAUCUCGGAAACAACAUGGACACGCCGAAUAUAAGUCUCGACAUGUGGGGCAACAUAACCAUGGACAGCGAGGCGGAUACCCAGCAGCAGGCGCUGCCGUACGGCGGCUUCGACUUUUCGAAGCUAGACUUCUCGAGCAUGGACUUCAUGCGCUAG